CUCUCUCUCUCUAUCUCUCUCCGCCAUGGCCGAGGACGACGAAGGCGACCUCGAUCUCCUCCUCUCCCUCAAGGACGAUAGGGUUUUGGAGACCCCACCCGGAUCCCCCUCCUCUCACCCUCCUCCUCCUCCUCCUCUUAUUCCACCAGACGAUGCGUCGCCGACGAGGUCUCGCCCCUCCGACAUGUCGAUCUUUCGCAAUGCCGUCAAAGAUUACCUCGACACCAACCCCACCCCCCCCUCCGUCGCAGCCGCUGCCGCUGCUGCAGCUGUUGCUACAUCCAGAACGCGCAAGCAGAGGAAGGUCGAUGAAAUGGCGGUUGAGAAGUUUUCGGGGCUUCGGAUCAGGAAUCAGCUCAUUUCUCCAAUGGAGAUCAGUAAUCGCUUCUCCGACAUCCGAUUCGUCCGACUCGCCACAAUCAGGAAUUCGCUCUCGGGCGAUAGCCUUUCCGGUUGUUGGGCUACAGUAGGAGUAUUGCUUGACAAGGGAUCUCCUAGAGUUAGUUCAGCUGGGAAAAGCUACGCCAUUUGGAAAAUGGGCUGUUUGGAUGAAUCAGAUGUCUCCGUCUUCUUAUUCGGCGAUUCGUACACACAGUAUUGUAAUGAAGGUGUAGGGGCGGUGUUUGCGCUUUUUAAUUCCGCAGUCCGCAGGGAUACUGGGGGCAAAGGGAUUUCUUUGAGUGUGUAUUCGGCCGGCCAAAUGGUAAAGAUGGGCACUUCUGCAGAUUAUGGUCUAUGCAGAGGCAAAAGGAAAGAUGGGAUGCCUUGUACCAUGGCCAUAAACAAGCGUCAAGGAGCAUAUUGCAGAUUUCACAUAUCGAAAGCUUCCCAAAAGUACUCUACUGGUCGAGCGGAGCUCAAGGGUGGGAAAUUGCAUGUGUCUUACAAGCUUCAGUCAGAAGGAAUUUAUAUGGUUGAUCCUCUUUCCAAUCCCUCUAAUUUGAGGAAGCCUAUGCAACGGGUGAAAGUAAUGUCUGUGGAUGGAUUGAAAAGAGCUUUGAGUAAUGCAGAUAAGGUGACCAGUAGUAGCCAGUCGCAAGGUAUAAGGUUCCUCACAGAAGUCACAGCUAAUAAGGAGUCAAAAGUUCCAAAUAAAGGUUUUGCAAAGCCGAACCAGGCGAAGUGCAGCUCAGAGAAAAGGUUAUUAUCCUCGGGCGGUAAAGCAGCUUCUAAGACGGCUAUACCAAAGAAAGAGACGGAGUUUAAAAGAAUGAAAACUCAUCAUCCUUCUGAAAGAAAGAGAACUCCUCAUCCUUCUGAAAAUUUAAUUGAGCUUGAUAUCGUUAGCUCAGAUGAAGAAUGUUGACGGCAUGUUGCAGCGCGACCAGUGCCUUCUUUCGUCGACAGGCAGUGUGUAUAUCGAUCAACAAACAAGAUGAAGUUCUCUCUCUAUCAAAAAAAAGCAAAAAAGAAAAAUUUGCAGAGUCACUGAGCAAGUAAGUUUGCGAGUUGUGAGCUUUAUUGAUUGCAAGUUGCAAGAGCCUAUUUAUUGUUGAUCGUUGCAAUGGCAAUCCGAAACACAAGAGAUGGUUUAUUUGAGAUGUUAAAAAUCUAAAGUUCACGAGUAAUGUAGCUUGAAUGAAACUUACCAUCAUACAAAGGGCUCUCUCUUGUUGUUUGUUAGUAA